AUGAAUGGGAUCGCAGUCCUCGCUGACCGCCUGGCGCCUGCCAUUAGCUCUGGCUGUACCUUUGACGAGGACUCAGACCCCAGCUUGUGUGAGUACCGGCAGGGCCAAGAGGAUGACUUUGACUGGCAGCUGAUCAGGACCUACAACUGGCCACACCCGACCCCUGACCUUCUACGAGGGUCCUUCAUGAUGGUGAAUUCCUCGCAGCAUUACGCGGGGCAGCGGGCCCAGCUGCUCCUGCGCCCGCUCAGCGAGAAUGACACCCACUGCAUCCAGUUUAGCUACUUCCUGUACAGCCGUGACGGCCACAGCCCCGGGGACCUGCAGGUCUACAUCCGCGUCAACGGCGGCCCCAAGGGCAGCGCAGUGUGGAAUAUCUCCGGCUCCCAGGGCCGCCAGUGGCACCAGGUGGAGCUCGCCGUGAGCACGUUCUGGCCCAGUGAAUACCAGGUUAUCUUUGAGGCGACAGUUUCCGAGGACCGACAGGGCUACAUCGCUUUAGAUGACAUUCUGCUGCUCAACUACCCCUGCUACAAGGUGCCUCAUUUCUCUCGGCUGGGCGACGUGGAGGUGAAUGCCGGGCAGAAUGCCACGUUCCAGUGCGUGGCCACGGGCAAAACUGCUGAGACUGAACCCUUCCUACUGGAGCGGAGGAACGGCAUGGUGUUGGACACGGCCUCCAUCUCACGGCUGAGCCACAAGCGGCUGAUGGCGACGUUCCAGGUGGAGGCACAGCGCGGCGAGCAGGACCUCUACCGCUGCAUCACCCUGUCGUCGAGGGGCGCCACCGUCUCCAACUUUGGCGAACUCAUCGUCAGAGUGCCCCCCACACCCAUUGCACCCCCCCAGCUCCUGCGGGCAGGUCCCACCUAUCUGAUCAUCCAGCUCAACACCAACUCCAUCGUAGGGGACGGGCCGGUCAUCCGCCGUGAGAUCCAGUACCGAGCCAGCCAGUCGCCGUGGACGGAGACUCACGGUGUGGGCUCACUCACCUAUAAAGUCUGGCAUCUGGAACCAGACACUGAGUACCGAAUCAGUGUCCUGCUAACCCGUCCUGGGGAGGGGGGCACGGGGGCACCUGGGCCCCCACUGAUCAGCAGGACCAAGUGUGCAGAGCCCAUGCGUGCCUUGCGGGGGCUGACGGCCACAGAGAUCCAGCCCCGGCAGCUGGCCCUCCAGUGGGAGCCUCUGGGCUACAACCUCACCCGCUGCCACACCUACUCCUUGUCCCUGUGCUACCGCUACUCCACGCCAACAGGGGGCAGCGGAGGGAACAACGCCACCGUCCGAGAGUGCCUGUCAGUGGAGCGCAACACAUCUCACUUCGUCCUCAGAGACCUGCCACCCUUCCGCUCCAUCCACGUCCGGCUGGCGCUGGCCAACCCCGAGGGGAAGAAGGAGAGCCGAGAGGUCACCUUCCAGACGGAAGAAGACAUUCCCGGCGGCAUCGCUCCAGAAUCCUUGACCUUCACCCCGCUGGAUGACAUGAUUUUCCUCAAGUGGGAGGAGCCUGUGGAGCCCAAUGGCCUCAUCACCCAGUAUGAGAUCAGCUACCAGAGCAUUGAGUCGUCUGACCCGGGCAUUAACGUGCCGCGUCCCCGCCGAACUGUAUCCAAGCUGAGACGAACCUACCACAUGUUCUCUGGCCUGCAUCCAGGAACCACCUACCUGGUGUCUGUCCGCGCUGAACCCACCAAGGGCUUCGGUCAGACGGCCCUCACCGAGAUCACCACCAACAUCUCUGCUCCGGUCUUUGACUAUGAAGAUAUCCCGUCUCCACUGAGUGAGUCGGAGAGCACCAUCACUGUGCUGCUGCGCCCUGCGCUGGGGAGAGGCGCUCCUGUCAGUGCCUACCAGGUGGUGGUGGUGGAAGAGGACGGAUCCCGUCAGGUCAAGAGGAGGGAGCUGGGCACCGUGGAUUGUUUCCCCACUCCUAACUCCCACAAUGAGGCACAGGCCAAAGGGUCUCCACAUUACUACACAGCCGAGCUGGCUCCCAGUAGCCUGCCUGAGGCCACGCCCUUCACCGUGGGUGACAAUCACACCUACAACGGCUACUGGAACUGCCCUUUAGAUCCCACCAAGAACUACCUCAUCUACUUCCAAGCUGCCAGCAACUUCAGAGGGGAGACCAGAAUUAACUGCAUCCGGAUUGCUCGCAAAGCUGCUUGUAAAGACUCCAAGCGUGCUCUGGAGGUAUCCCAGCAUGCCGAGGACAUGGGACUGAUCUUGGGGGCCUGCGCCGGCGGUCUGGUGGUCCUCAUCCUGCUUCUGGGGGCCAUUGUCAUCGUUGUCAAGAAGGGAAGGGACUUCUAUUCUUACCCUUACUACCCUAGGAAGAAGGUGGCCAUCAACAAGGCGGCCAUGUCCUAUCGGCAGGAGAAGAGCCGGAAGCUGAGCUCCUUGGACUGCAGCAUGACGGAGCAGAGCACCCUUCAGCAGGAUGAGAGGAUGGCCCACUCCUUCAUGGACGCUCACGGCUGCAACACUCGAAAUGAGCAGCGCAGCUCGGUGAACGAGUCGAGCAGCUUGCUGGGGGGCUCGCCCCGCCGCCACUGUCGGAGGAAAAGCUCGCCUUAUCACACAGGUCAGCUCCAUCCGGCCGUGCGGGUGGCUGACCUCCUCCAACAUAUCAACCAGAUGAAGACUGCUGAGGGAUAUGGCUUCAAACAGGAGUAUGAGAGUUUUUUCGAUGGCUGGGAUGUCACCAAAAAGAAGGACAAGACUAAAGGAAGGCAUGAUAGCCUGCUUAGCCAUGAUCGCCAUCGAGUCAAGCUGCACUCCCUGCUGGCAGACCCGAGCUCGGAUUAUGUCAAUGCCAACUACAUAGAUAUUCGGAUAAACAGGGAAGGCUACCAGCGAUCGAACCACUUCAUCGCCACUCAAGGUCCCAAGCAGGAGAUGAUCUAUGACUUCUGGCGGAUGGUUUGGCAGGAGAACUGCUUCAGUAUUGUUAUGAUCACCAAGCUGGUGGAAGUGGGCAGGAUGAAGUGCUGUAAGUACUGGCCUGAUGACAGCGAGCUCUACGGCGACAUUAAGAUAACGCUGCUGAAGACAGAAACACUCGCAGAGUACACCGUGCGCACCUUUGCCAUGGAGAGGAGAGGCUACCCUGCCAAACACGAGGUGUGCCAGUUCCACUUCACCUCUUGGCCUGAGCAUGGCGUGCCUUACCAUGCCACCGGCCUGCUGGCCUUCCUGCGCCGGGUCAAGGCCUCCACCCCCCCUGACGCCGGGCCUGUGGUGGUCCACUGCAGCAUGGGGGCAGGGAGGACCGGCUGCUACAUCGUGCUGGACGUCAUGCUGGAUAUGGCCGAGUGUGAGGGAGUGGUGGACAUCUACAACUGUGUCAAGACCCUCUGCUCCCGACGCAUCAACAUGAUCCAGACGGAAGAGCAGUAUGUGUUCAUCCAUGAUGCCAUCCUGGAGGCUUGUCUGUGCGGAGAGACUGCCAUCCCGGUUAAUGAGUUUGCUCUCACCUAUAAGGAGAUGUUGAAGGUGGACUCUCAGAGUAACACCUCGCAGCUCAGAGAGGAGUUCCAGACUUUGAACUCGGUGACUCCUCACCUGGAUGUGGAGGAGUGCAGCAUUUCCCUGAUGCCCAGGAACCGCGAGAAGAACCGCAGCAUGGACGUGCUGCCGCCCGACCGCGCCCUGGCCUUCCUGGUCACCACCGAGGGCGAGGGCAACAACUACAUCAACGCCGCGCUCACCGACAGCUUCCUUCGACCCGCCGCCUUCGUGGUGACGCCGCACCCCUUGCCCGGCACCACCACCGACUUCUGGAGACUUGUGUACGACUACGGCUGCACCUCGGUGGUCAUGCUCAACCAGCUCAACCAGUCCAACUCUGCCUGGCCUUGUCUGCAGUACUGGCCUGAACCGGGGCUGCAGCAGUUCGGACCGAUGACGGUAGAGCUUCUGUCCAGGACGGCUGACGACGAUGUGAUCAUCCGUCUGUUCCGGGUUCAGAACAUCACACGGCUUCAGGAAGGCCAGCUUGUGGUGCGCCACUUCCAGUUCCUGCGCUGGUCACCAUACCGCGACGUGCCGGACUCCAAGAAGGCCUUCCUCAGCCUUUUGGCUCAGGUUCACAACUGGCAGAGGGAGUGUGGAGAGGGACGCACCGUCGUCCACUGCCUGAACGGUGGUGGUCGAAGUGGUACUUUCUGUGCCUGCACCAUGAUCCUGGAAAUGAUUCGCCACCACAGCAUGGUGGAUGUGUUCUUUGCUGCCAAAACCCUGCGAAACUCAAAGCCAAACAUGGUGGAGACAAUGGAGCAGUACCGGUUCUGCUAUGACCUGGCCCUGGAGUACCUGGACUGCCUGGAGGUCAGAUAGCACCAAUCCCAUGCUUCUUGUUCUUCUUCAAGGAGAAAGUCUGCGCCAUGGAUCCUGCAUCGCAGGUUCUCUGGCCUUGGCUCCUUAGUCCAUGUACACAGCUCUGGUUGUCUUCUUUGCCAUGCCUGGAUGAAACGUUAUCUGCCAUAAAGACUCUAUCUAAGAAAGCUCACUGGACUACUUGUAACAUACUACUGAUGCCCCUUUUGCUUUUCCUCGGCAUUCUCAUCCAACCUGUACUCUUUUGUGCCACUUACAUCUGCCAAACCAGAGGACACUAACAGGAAUGGAGUAGAAUCGUCCCAAUCCAUUUUCUACAGCCACUGUUGCAGCGACCUGACUACCGGUUGUACACUUAAAACAACGGGGGUCUGAUUCACAGAGCUCCGCUAUAUCCUGCCUUACUAUGAACAAACACAGAAAAGGGACUACAGUUGAUACCAACCACUGGGUGAUAUUGUGUGUUUGUUUCGUAACACUCUGUAAAUGGUGCAAUCUGCUGUGAACAUCCCAUGUUGUACUGUACUAUAUUUGGACUUUUUCUUGAGGCUGGGGAGAGAAAGGCUCCUUGCUUGACUGAGGUUUACAAAGAGAUGAAGUCGGUCACAUCCUAUGGACAUAUCUGUACAGUAGAGUUGUCUUGGACUUUAUUUCUUUAUUUAUUGUUUGUGUAAAUAGGUGUUUGUUUUUUUGUCCACCCUGCCCUCCCCUCCCCGGGUGUUUCUAGAUGUUAUCAACGUCUUAUCAAUGUGCCAAUCCAUUCUCUCUGUGUCCGUAAAUGGGGACCACUUCAGCAUCUGCAUGCCAGUCCUAAGUGUUUCAUUGCAGUGUGGCCCAGUCUGCUUCAGCGGGGUCUGCAACGUGAAUCCCCCACUAGUCUGAGAGAGCUAUGUAAAAAUAAACCAUGUGUUGCUGUGGGAAUAUGGUGAUCACUUCACCAAAACCUGUUGCUUUCUAAAUUUGUAUUUAUUCAAUGUGUUUUAUUUUCUA